CGCUUGAUCGUUACUCCGCCAUCCAUUUUCUUCCUCCUUUUCCUCAUGUUCAGUCGUCUCGGUCAACUCACCCGCCAUCUCUCGCGACCAUCUCUCAAUCUUCAUCCCACCCCUGCGAUCGCAUCGCCAUCUCUGAUCUCGCCCGUGCUUCGUGCGCCCUCCCCCAAAAUGACAUCAUCCGUCCUCCCGAAGAACAAGAGGACCAUUCAUACGGCGGCAUGUCUUAUCAUUGGUGACGAGGUCCUUGGUGGAAAGACAAUCGACACCAACUCCGCUUUCUUCGCCAAAUACUGCUUCUCUUUGGGUAUCCAGCUGAAGCGAAUUGAAGUCAUUGCAGAUGAUGAAAGCGAAAUCAUUGAGGCAGUCCAACGUAUGAGCGACCGUUAUGAUUUCGUCGUCACCAGCGGAGGCAUUGGUCCAACCCAUGACGAUAUCACUUAUGAAUCGAUAGCCAAGGCGUUCGGACUGAAGCUGAAACUUCACCAAGCCGCCUUCGAACGUAUGAAGCAGCUGUCCAAGCCUCACCCCAUGCAGCCAAACUUCGACUGGGACACUCCAUCGCCUAGUCUGACCGCGAAGUUGCGUAUGGUCGAGAUCCCCCACGACGAAGCUCUGCCGCUGGAGGAACAAGCGAUUUUUGUUGCGGAUGACAUGUGGGUUCCGAUCGCUAUUGUCAACGGCAACGUCCAUAUCCUACCGGGUGUUCCUCGUCUAUUUGAAAGGCUGCUCGAACACCUCAAGCCUAACCUGCUGCCUCGGUUGGUCAACCCCGAGGGAAAGGGCAUUUACCGCUACCUGUUCAGCACGCCACUUCCGGAGAGCACAGUCGCCCCAUACCUGACGGAGCUUGCUACUCGAGUUGCUUCCAAGAACGUCAAAGUUGGCAGCUACCCGCGGUGGGGAAAUAAGCGCAACACCGUCACCCUUGUUGGCACUGAUAAAGAGCUUAUGGACUCGUUGAUUUCGGAGGUUGAGCAGAACGUGGAAGGCAAGAAGGUCACCCGAGAGGAUGAGCUUGACCCUCCAUCUGACACGGAAGAAGGCAAAUAAGUGAGACACCGGCUGUCACAUACCUUACGUAUACUAUAGUUGAUAUGUAGACAAUGGCACCCCGUUUUGACAG